AUGAAGAAGGGUGUUAGUUUCCCGGUAACUGUUGCCCUCAUGGCAUUGGUUUCCUCUCUUGCCUCUGCCUCUGAUCCUAGCCCACUGCAGGACACUUGUGUUGCCAUUGAUGAGCCCAAGGAUGCUGUUUUUGUGAAUGGAAAGUUCUGCAAGGACCCAAAGCUGACCAAGGCCGAGGAUUUCUUCUUCUCAGGCCUGGAUAAGCCAGGAAACACGUCAAAUCCAGUAGCCUCAAAUGUCACUACCGUAAAUAUUGAACAAAUAAAGGGACUCAACACUCUUGGCAUAUCCAUGGUUCGUAUUGACUAUGAACCAUAUGGCCAAAACCCUCCUCACACUCACCCUCGUGCCACCGAGAUCCUAACUGUCUUGGAGGGAACCCUCUACGUUGGGUUUGUCACAUCCAACCCCGAAAACCGCCUCAUUAGCAAAGUCCUCAACAAGGGGGAUGUUUUCGUGUUCCCCAUUGGUCUCAUUCACUUCCAGUUCAACAUUGGGCACACUAAUGCAGUAGCCAUUGCUGGCCUGAGCAGCCAAAAUCCAGGUGUAAUCACCAUAGCCAAUGCAGUAUUUGGAUCAGAUCCAUCCAUCAAUCCUGAUGUUCUCACAAGGGCCUUCCAGUUGGACAAGAACGUGGUUAACUACCUCCACUCACGGUUCUGA